UUAACUAAAACUAAAGAUUGCAUUGCGUGGUUGGAGUUCUUUGUGGAUUCUGUUGGGCAGCACCAGCCAGAUCUAUCUGUAAUCCACAUACCUUCUUGUUUUUCAUUAUCAUCAAUUUAUAACCAAAUGGUUGAAGAAAACAAUGGUUUUGGCAUGGUAUCAGUUGGUCUUUCACAGUUUUACCAUAUAUUUCACACUUACUUCCCAAAUGUGACAAUUCCAAAGGUUAGUUCUGCAUUCAAUAAUACAGUGUAUGUCAAUAAUAUUGAUACAUUACUGCAAUAUUGUGGGAAACAGAUUAAAACUUCAGGUAUUUAGGACAAAAAGGUUUUGUGAAAAUAAGCAAUAGAAAUGAACUUACAAUAUUUCAGUGUAAUAAUGAUGUCAUUUUCAAGUUCAAAUGAGAUAACAACAAAACACUGUGGACUGAGGACACAAACAUAAAAUAUGUAUUAAUAGGUAUCAGGACCAAUUAUUAUUGGCUCCGAUACUAAAGCUUUGUUGCAAGUAUUAUUCUGCUUAUUAAGUAUAUGACUUGAUGUGUGAUCUUUAAACAGGAAAACCGCUUUACAAAAUGCACAGACUGUACAAAGUACAAGGAGCAGAAGGAGAGAACAAUGGACAAGAAGGUUCGAAGUGAGGUGGAUGCACUCUUGAACAAGCAUUUAGAACUAGUAUGGUAAGUGCUUGCAUUGCAUGAGGUUGACUGUAGUUGUAUGUGUGACUUAAGUUAAAUGUACUCUGUAAGCAGGGGUUUUGUUUGAGGUCGGACUCCAGAUGUAAUGAAAAGUGCGGUGGUAACAUCCAAUGUUUGCAAUGACAUAAUUAUUUUUUGAGUCGCACGCCCGCUUGUUUAACCUGAGUGUAAAUCUGGUAGUUUAAAAUGUUACUGCAAACCUAUGUAAGCAUCACGUGCAAUCUGAAUCUCAAGUUUUGAAAUGUGAGAUGCCAUGAAAUGGUCAUAAGCCACCAUGAACUGGUUAGUUUCAACAAUUAUUGAGAGCUGAUCAAUUGAUUGAAAAUACUCAUGCAUGUUCUUUUGGGUGUGAUUGGCAAUAGGCUAGUGCAUGUACAGAAGAGUGCAAUAAGUUAUAACAUUUUACCAGACAAUCAGCCUGAAUGGUUUAUUUUUAAUCCAACAUGACUUUGGCAUGCCUGGAUUAUACAUAAGUGAAAUUUCAUGCUCAAUAAUACAGUGUCAAUUAUUUGCUUUUUUCUCAUAAGUAUAAUAAUUAUUAUUGUCUACAUUUUUGACAGGCAAGAGAGAAGGGUGUACUACAAGCAUCGAUACAAGGCAAGAAGGUUCCCAGACAAGUACUUGAUAGUGAUUGAUGAUGGAAUGGAUCAAAAAACAACAAACAUUCCCAGGGUCCGUCGUAAAACUAAAGCGACAUGUAAUUUGACUUAUGUUGGCACACACCUUGUUGGGGCAAUUCUCCACUCUGGGCAAUCUACGUCUGGUAAAGACAUUUAUGGCUCUUUUGAUUUCUACCAGUGGCCCCAUGACCCAAAUUUGACCGCUUCAGUUCUUCUAAACAUGAUUGCAAAGUGGUGCCAGUUCUACAAAUUGCCUCCCAUCUUUUACCUUCAACUUGACAACUGUGUGAAGGAAAAUAAGAACCAGUACAUGAUGUGGCUGUUUGCUCUUCUGGUGGAGCUAAUUGUGUUUGAUAAGGUUAGUCCUCAUGGAAUACAAAAUCAUAAAAUGCGCCAGAAACUUGUGUCAAGUUUUGUGCCUAUGCAUGUUGUGAUAUUUUCAUGUGUAAUAUAUUUCAUUUUCAUUGAAGACUUUUGCUGUUGUGUUAGGAGUUGAUGUCCCAAUAUUAUCAUUAUCACAAAGUCACUGAAAAAUUCCUAAUGCAAAUUUGUAAGCGCAUCUGUUUUCUAAGUGCAAAUUUCCCUCUUAUAAUAAGCACCUACAGUAAAAGAAGGCCUUUGAAAAAUGCAAGUGUUGUAAUCAUGACAGCUGAAGUAAAAGCAAGGAACUAGAGUAUUUGUAGAUCAACACUGACUAUUAUCUUUGUAAUGGAAACUGUCUCAGUGGUCACCAAGUUGUAAAAUUUAGUUGUCUUAACUUUUUCCCUACUUGUGUGCAUUUUUUGCAAUCCCUUAGAUCAAGUUAAACUUCCUUCCUGUGGGGCACACCCAUGAAGAGAUUGAUGCUUUUUUUGGGGUAUAUUCGAAGCACCUGGAUCUAAAUGAUGUUUACACAAUGGAUGGUAGGUGUACAUAUCUCUUGUAAUACAGUAACCUUCAUUUUUCCAAGUUUGGCAAAACAGGUUCUUAUAUUUGGGGAAAGUUAUUGGCAAAAUUUAGGCUAAAGUAGGUUCUUAAUUAGGUUCUUAAGUUUUUAGUAGGAACCAUUCAUGUACAAGCAGAAAAAGUAGGUUUGGUCCUUUAUGAUACAGCAUUUAUUUAUAACUGUCUUGUCAUGAGCCGUGUGCAAGACUGACUAAAUAAUUAUAAUUAUACACUAUAAACCGUACGCGCGUACUUCCCAUGAAGUAUUCCCUAUUUCUCAAAAUCAGUUAUACUUCAUAGUGAAAAAUGCUUAUGAAAAUAUUCCAUAAGUCACGUAUAAGAACCUAAUAAAUUUUGCUUGGCUAAACAGGUUCUUAUAUUUUUGGGUAUAAAAUGGGAAAUUUCUGCCAGCAGGUUCUUAAACCGCUAGGUUCUUACACGCAUGUUUGAACUAAACAAAGGGGUGCCUGGAUUGAAGCAUCAAGUAAUUUCAGAUAAACUGCUGGAUUCAUCUUUCAGUUACCUUUGUGUAUGCUCGUAAAUAAAGGGAUAAUUUCAUAUGAGAUCAUAAGUCACUUGGGACAUAAUACCAAUAACCCAUUCACAUGAAAUAAGAGAUAGAUUGUUGCAAUUAUAAUUAUUUAUUAAUAUUAAUACUAUUUACUGAGAUAACAUUUGCAAUUUUCUUUUCUUCUCUCCCAUAGAAAUGCAAGAGGCAAUGAAAAAUUGCAUACAGAAUGUCAAAGUCCUUCCUUUUCUGUUGGAUGCUGUGUACAACAUAAAAGAGUGGCUGGCACCUCAUGCAGAGCAACUGCAUGACCAUACUCAGCCAAAGUGCUUCAAAUUUGUCAGAAAUGCUGCUGGGAAGUGCCAAAUGUUUUAUCGAAACUACUCGCACAUGCCAUGGGAAGGUCCUGUGAUUAUUUUGAAGGUGCAGUUACAACCUUUUAUCAUUUGUCUGCAUCUUACAGAUCAUAAUACUAAAGUGAUCUUUUAAUUAAUGCAUUGCACUGUUAAUUGUUCAUCGUAAAACCUUUGUUCUUACACUAGAGUCAUCCAGGUGGCAAACCAAGUCUUGUGAGACCUGUGUUAGACAGAAUUGAUGUUGAAGGUUUGAAGCGUGACCUUAACAAGUUCAGAGAUCACUACCCUGAACAGGCGUUCUCAUUUUGGAGUGAGUGGGUGAAUAACGUAGACAAUUUGGCUGCUGUGCCAGAGGCAUGGGAGUGGCCUUUGAAUGCUAUUCUGAUCGCAGAGAAAAUAAAGCCAUAUACGGUUGAUCAAUCUGUCCCUGAACACCUGCAAGCUCUACAGGACAAGGAAUGUCGGCCAACAAAACAGGCAAGUUGA